AUGUCUGAGCUUGCUGACUGUCUGUUCUCAUCUGCCCAUUUCCAUGUCUUUCAUCCAAGGUUCGGGUUUCUUAAUUGCAUCUUGCUGCACGUCACUGAGUAUGCAUCUACAGAUACUACAGGGAUUUUAGUGCAUAACAAAUGGCCACCGCAGUUUACAAAGCCUCUGCUUGAAGGGAAUGAAGAGCGUAAAGUGUGGGAGGUUGUCCCAUCCACAUUUGAAGAUCUUUGCGAGUGGGCACAUGUCUCCCAAAACCCCUCAGAAGUCAACAAAACCCAAAACCACCUUCUACUGUACAAGACUUCUUGCAGUGACGGGAUCGAAUCCCUAUAUCCAGUCACAAUCCAUGUUCAAGGUCUGUUGGGUAAAUUCAACUCAAAGGUUUUUGGGUCUUGGACAGGCAUCCAGAAAACAAUCCCUUCAGCCAUUCAAUAUGUAAACCUGAAAGGAUGCAAUCAUUGGGAGCCAUGGGUUUCUGCUUUGCACGCCAUCAAGAACUUGCGUCAAAUCAUCUAUGCUGCAUUGGGUGAUUACCAGCAUGUUGAAGCAGAUCCUUCAUUAAACCACAACAUAUUCAUGCAAUGCCAGGUUUUUACCAAGAUCAGGAAAGAUAAUCAAAAUAAAAAAAGUGUCCUCUUACCCUCCGACAAUCCCUUUUGCUGGAUGAAAGCGGUUGAUCGUGCUUGGGGGGUUACAGAUAAAGUCCAGAUUGCACGGUGUGAUAAGAGCGGUGCUAUUGUGUCCUCUUUAUCAGCCGUCUUAUCCCCUGGGGACUUUGUCAAUGUGGGCUUCACGUUUGAUAUCAGCACAACCCACAACGCAUCUGGCCUUCACAAAAUAUGUGCAUAUCUCAAUAUUGAACAUGUUUUGCAACUAGUGAAAGCUGUGGAGUUUGCAAAGGUUUCAAAGAGAAAGGCUGUUCAUGCAGACAUACCUCUGUUACCACAGAUUGAGCUUGCUAAGAAGCAAAGAUUCAAUGGUGACUCUAGCAACUCUUUGCAGCCGGGGAUUACGGAUGCCUCAAGUAACUUUAACUCUAACAUUGGCGAGGGCCAACUACGAGAUGAGAAUGAAAAUACAACAUUUCGCGAGUUAAUCCCUGUGGUGUCCGAAAACGUGCCAGAACAAGCCCCUGCACUACACAGCUCUGCCAUUUUGGGAGACGGAACAAUCACAGAAACUGUUGCCAAGACAAACGACCACACUGACAAAGAGCUGGUGGCUAUGGACGAGGCUCAACUUGCUACGUAUGACACUCUGACGGUCGCGCGUUUAUGCACUUUUGCAAACUAUUCUGAUGCAAAAAAUUUAAUCUAUGCGGUUGAAAAUAUUCCGCCCACGGCCACAUGGGGCAUUUUCAAGCCUAUUCACGACAAGUCCACACUUCUUUGCGAUCCCUUGAGCAACAUGCCCUGCACAGUGUGGCUGCCAGGUGUUGUCUCUCGAGUGUGGAUGUUUGAUCCCAAAGGCAAAACACGUGCCCAUCCAAAACCUUUCACAGAUGUGUAUGAUGCCAGGAAGGUAUUCAAUCCAAAAUCCGAAAUGGAUUACUACAGUGCCACAAACUUGCAAAUGGGUGACACUGUACUUAUGGAAGCGUACAUUAAACAUUAUUGCCUAAGAAGCGACAUAGACAAUUUGACCCCCGUCAACAAAUGCCCUUGGAGGGGGUGGAAAGCGUACUUUGAGCUGAAGUGCAUAUCACUCAUUCAUACCACCUUACAGGAUGACAAGGUGGAGGCUAAGAAAGAUGAGCAACAUAUCCAUAUCUGA